AUGACUCUCCGAGUAACCUGUGUUGGCGCUGGUUUAGCCAGUCUCACCGCGGCUGUGGCCCUGCGCAAGCAUGUGUCCAGCAUCGUUCUUCUGGAAGCAGCAGACAGCUUUGAACAGAUGAAUAUCCGAGCUGCCGGGCUUGCUCUACUUCCCUGCGGAUCACGCAUUCUAAAAGACACCCUUGGCAUUGACCCCGUCGAAGACAUCAAAGCUAUACCGAUGCAAUCCGUCCUGGAGCUUGGAUGGGACGAUGGAUCCGUCAAGCGAGAAAAUGGACCGCUACCCCCCAACUGUUACACGGCUCACAGAGGAGCCGUGCUCGACGCACUGGUGAAAAAGGCAACGUCGACGGAUGGGGAGGGACCAGCAGCCCAACUGCUGCUUGGCAAAAAGGUGGUUGAAGUGGACGUGGAAUCCGGCAACGUCACGACAGAAGACGGGUCGGUGUACGAAAGCGACGUCGUGGUGGGCGGCGACGGUGUGCGCAGCGUCACGCGAAAAGCCAUUGUCAAGGAGACCAUCGUGGAGCCUUCGGGGCUCAGCGCUUACCGAUGGACCAUGGCCCCCGGCGACUGGGCCCAUCUUCCCGAGAGGUUUAAGGAGCGCAUCAAGGAGCUCGUGUCGCCGGCCAACAACCACCUCAACGUGGUUGACUCGCGGGAACGGCGCGUCGUGACGUACGGCUGCCACGCGUCGGGGCUGAUCAACGGCGCGGUGCUGCUGGCAGACUACGAGCUGCGGCAGACGAGGGAGGACUGGGCCUCUGCUGGUUCUCUGGAGCACCUGCGAUCCCUGGUGGAGGACCUGCACGAGCCGAUGCGGAGCCUGGUCAGGUGCGUGCCGACGUGCGGGCUGUGGCAACUGCGCAAGCAGGCGCCGCUGCGGACGUGGUACAAGGGCAGGGCCAUCAUCCUCGGCGACGCCGCGCACCCGAUGCUACCUCACCAGGCCGCGGCAGGCUGCCUGGCCAUGGAAGACGCCGAGGCGCUGCAGUACAGCCUGGGCCAGGUGGGCUACGAGCCGGAGCGCGUGACGGAGGCGCUGGCCAAGACGUUCUGCCUUCGCUUCCUGAGGUGUUCGGUGGUGCAGCACAUGGCCAACUCGAGCACGUUUGGCAACGAGUUUAUGGACAAGGCGGCCCGGUGGUCGCUGGACAAGGCGCACGGGCGGGACCGAAACGAGGGCCAGGGCCAGGGCCAGGGCCAGGGCCAGGGCCAGGACCAGGACCAGGACCAGGACCAGGACCGCGACCGCGACCGGGAGGACAUGGUGCCGGUGGCCAAGAGCGGGCUGGACGACGUGGUGCAAAAGGACAUUGUGGCCAAGGUCGAGGAGACGGCUGCAGCGUUUGACGUGAGGGCUGCAUCGGCCUGGGUGACGGGUUACACGCUCGAGGGCUUUGUCAAGACGGGGCAGCAGUGGAUUCUGGAACGACCGUAUGUGUAG